GCGGGCGGGAAAAUGGCGGCAACGGCGGCCCCGGCGCAGCCGUGGAGUACUGAGGAGCUGCGGAGUGAGUCGCUGCCUAAGAAGGAUAUUAUCAAGUUCCUUCAGGAGCAUGCAGCCCAGGCGUUCCUGGCGGAGCACAAGCUGCUGGGGCAGGUGAAGAACGUGGCGAAGACGGCGAAUAAGGAGCAGCUUAUCGCGGCCUACACGCAGCUUUUCAACACUCAGCGGUUCAAGGGCACGGACGGCGCGGAGAAGGCAGCUGAGAAGGCAAAGCCCACUAAGGCGGAGGAGGCCAAGGGGAAAGCAGCGAAGCCUGAAGAGGCCGUGGAAGAGGGGCCUCCGAAGUAUACAAAAUCAAUUUUAAAGAAGGGUGAUAAGACCAACUUUCCAAAGAAAGGAGACACUGUUCACUGCUGGUAUACAGGAAAGCUACAGGAUGGAACAGUCUUCGAUACCAAUAUUCAAACAAGUUCAAAGAAGAAAAAAGCAGCUAAACCUUUAAGUUUCAAGGUUGGCGUAGGAAAAGUAAUCAGAGGUUGGGACGAAGCCCUUUUAACAAUGAGUAAAGGAGAGAAGGCUCAGCUGGAGAUUGAACCUGAGUGGGCAUAUGGCAAGAAAGGCCAGCCUGAUGCCAAGAUUCCACCAAAUGCAAAACUUUUCUUUGAGGUGGAACUGGUGGAUAUCGAAUGAAACGGAGCAUUCCCUUUGCUGCUGGGAAUCUGUUUACCAUCAAGAAAGCUUCUGUCAAUGCUCUUGCAACUCCUGGAUACAGUUACAGCUGUGGCCUUGUACUUGAAAUCAUGUUUGUUGUCCCUGCCCCAGUGCUGUACAGUAACAUACCACUAAAGAAAGCAUAGUUUCUACAUGCA